CCCAGGCCGCCACACAGCUCCCCGCAGAGGCCUCGGAGCCCCUUACCGUUUUCCAGCCGUGCUGCGACUAAAGUUGAGCCAGCGGGGAGAGGCGGAGCCGCCAAAGCUCCGCCGGGCUGUCCCGCCGGGUGGUCGUGGCCUUGAGAGGGGCUCCGGAUCGGCUCACCUUCCGCGCCCCUCCCGCCGGAAAUGAGGAAUGGGACAACAGAAGAAGUGACUUCAAAAGAAGAGGAAGAAGAAGAGAUGGCUGAAGAUAUAGAAGAACUUAGAUCACUAUGAGAUGAAAGAAGAGCCUAUUAGUGGGAAAAAGUUGGAGGAUGAAGGAAUUGAAAAAGAAAAUUGGGCAAUAUUAGAGAAAAUUAGGAAGACUGAAAGGCAAGACCAUUUAAAUGUGCUGCAGUGUCUGGGCCAGUGCAAGCUUCAGAUAGACUUAUGGAAGAGCUCAGGGACAUACACAGAUCACAGAGUUAUAAGACAGUUAAAAGAAUAUUGGCAGAGGAAGAGCCCUGGCGUUCCAGCAGGAGCCAACAGGAAAAAGAAAAUCAAUGGCAGUAGCCCUGACACAGCCACUUCUGGUGGUUACCGCUCACCUGGGGAUUCAGCAACAGGUGUCUAUGGGGAGGGCCCUGUGUCAUCUACUACCCUGAAAGAUCUGCAGGUUCGCACAUUGAAGGAGGAGAAGAAGCAUGAGAUACAUCGGGUACAGAAGCUUGGGAGGAGCUUGUUCAAACUCAAACACCAGAGGGCUGAACCCUGGGCCCCAGAGCCCCCAGCAGGGCCCUUGGAGGUGGAGCAGCUACAAGAUGAGACCAAACACCUAAGGAAGGAGCUAGAGAGUCUGGGAAGACAGCUCCAGGCCGAGGUGGAAAACAAUCAGAUGUUGAAUCUCCUGAACAGGAGACAGGAGGAGAGGCUACGUGCGCAGGAGGAGAGGCUGCGUGCGCAGGAGGAGAGGCUGCGUGAGCAGGAGGGGAAGCUACAUGAGCAGGAGAGACUAUCUGGGCAGGAGGAGAGGAUACAUGAGCAGGAUGAGAGGCUAUGGGAGCAGGAGUGGCUGCCAGAGCAGGAGAGGCUGCUGGAGGAGGUGAAGAAGCUGUUGGAACAGAAAAGACAGGAGGAGGAGGAGGAGGAGGAGAAGCUGCUAGAGCAUGAGAGGCUGCUGAACCAGGUAGAGAAGUUGCUGGAAGAGGAGAGGCUGCGGGAGCAGGAUGAGAGGCUGCGGGAGGAGGAGAGGCUGCCAGAGCAGGAGAGGCUGUUGGAGCAGGUGGAGAAGCUAUUGGAACAGGAGAGGUGGCAGGAGGAACAGGAGAGGCUGCUGGACCAGGGGAGGCUGCUGGAGCAGGUGGAGAAGCUUUUGGAACAGGAGAGGCGACAGGAGGAGCAGAAGAGGCUGCUGGAGGAGGAGCAGCUGCUGGACCAAGUGGAGGAGCUGCUGGAACAGGAGAGGCUGUGGGAGCAGGAUCAGAGGCUGUGGGAGCAGGAGACACUGCAGGAGCUGGAGAGGCUGCGGGAGCUGGAGAGGAUGCUGUAGCUGGGGUGGGAAGCCCUCUACGAGCAGCAGACUGAGCCACACAGCAGCUUCAAGGACCUGAACAACGAGAACAAGAGCACACUGCAGUUGGAGCAGCAAGUAAAGGAGCUGAAGCUGGGCGAGCUGAAAGACAGGGAGCACCUGGAAGCUACGAGCCAGCAGAAACAGCAGCUAAAGCCCAGUUGAGCCUCAUAGCUCUCCCUGGGGAAGGUACAGGAGACCACUCGGAGGAAGAGGCGAGAGCCCCGGGAGGAAAGGGGGACUGUUAGCAGCAUAGGAUUGAGGAGUUGGAAGAGACCUUUAAGACAGCUGGUCAUUAUGCUGACCGGGUGUCCGUGCUAAGUUCGGUAUCAAUAUGGUGACCUCCUGGGAGCAGGAGGCCAUCAGGUUGCCUAAGGACAGGAGAACUGGCCCAGGUCAGAAAGGGACCAGGUCAGGACUCCCGCACCAAUCGGUAGUGGGACUGUUCCUGGGCAAUAUGGUAAGAUCAUAGUUCUUAAAAGUAAAAAUACAGAACAGCUUACUCCUCUCUGGGAAUGGGCUGGCUCAGGGCUACACAGUGAGGGUGGGGGCAGAGGUGGGCCCCCAGUACUUCCCUUGUUGGGUUGUCUGAGGACCCCUCUGGCCUAGAGGAGAUGGAGGAGGACAUCUGGACAGUGAGGAGGAGGAGGCGCCUCGGCCCAUGCUGAACAUCCCAGGGGACCUGGAGAGCCUAGAGGCCAGGUGGCAUUUUUCAAUGACGCUGGAGCCAGUGCCCAGGAAGAGCAAAGGGUGUGCUGCCAGCCCCUGGCUCACCCAGUGGCUUCAUCCCAAAGGACCCCAGGGACUGAGGAGCGACUUUAUGGAGGACAAAGUGGACCUGAAGGAGCCGGUGGAGUAACUAGAGCUUCAAUUCAUCCACCUCUCGGGACAGACACCAUGAGAAAGUACAUCAGCCAGAGAGCAGUGCCAAAAUGCGUCACUGGGAGAGGAGGAUGGGAGAGGAGGACAUCAUCAGGCUGGCCCAGGACCAGGAGAUGCAAGUGAACCUGCUGGAGCUACAGGGACAGGUGUUGUGGCUUGUGGGCAACCAGAACGAGGGGCACGACAAAUUCCUGACCACUGCCCAGAGUCCUGCUGAUCAGUCCGCUCUAGGAGCCCCAAUCCCCCAUUAGCUUGGGAGUGCUGACAAGCAGGGUGGUGAGUAGAGCCCUCAGGCGGGGUGGGCAGACAGGAGCAGGGGAGGCUCGCCCUGAGCUCAGAUCCCCUCCUCCGUCUGAAGAUCUUCAUGAGGUGAGCCUCACUGACAGCGUGGAGCCUGCAUCAGGAGAGGCCAGAGUGGGUUCUCCCCACGACAACCCCACUGCACAGCAGAUCGUGCAGCUGCUUCCUCUAACGCAGGACUCCCCAGGAGCACCGAGGUUUGGGCAGCAACCCCUGCAUGCCAUUCUUUUCACGGUGCUGAGAUCAGGGAGAUAAACAUCAUCAUCAUCUAAGAGCUGGUCAAGAAAUUUAAAAACAAACAAAAAAGGUUUAGGGGUUAAUCUCCUACACAAUUCAUUUACUUCAUUUGAAUGUUAGAGUCACUCAUGUUUAUUUGUGUUUCUAACUUAGUUUAAAUUUAUUUGUAAAAAGUUACAGAAGAGUGGGUCUUUCCCUCAUGUUCGCUAUGGCAUCCUUUAGCAUUUUUCUUUUUAUUUGAUAACUGUAGGUUAUUAGCAUGCAUAUCGAGUUUGCUCAAUGUGGUGGGAGUUCAAACACGCAAAGACCCACUAUAUGCACAAAACUGUUCUUACUGGUUUGGAAUAGGCUGCCAUGCUUUUUUAAUGUUAUUGCAGCAUGUAUAUUCAUUACAAAAUUCAGAUAAAAUUUGCCUAUGUUCUGCUAUUAUGCUUGAUCGACUCCUAAUCACAGUGAGCUCUUCAUUAGCUCAAUAUGUGGCUUGCCCUCAAGUGCGCUGUUUAUUAGUUUGUUAUGUGCCACUGUGUGUACUGACAUUUACAGUUGUUUAAAGAUGGAGCACUGGAGAGAGACUUUCCCCCUUUUUCUGUGUAUUGGGAUGGGUGUAAUAACAUUUUGGGGAGCUUUUUAAAUCUCCCAAAAGAGGAAAGUGGCCUGCUCUGGCAGAUGUGUGCAGGAUAGAAUACAUUUCAUUUGUUUUGGAGCCAAGAAUGAGUGUGUUACUAUGGUAGUCCCCUUAGGAUUUGUAUGUGCUCUGGGCUCAUGAAGAUAUUACAUCAUGAGCUGGGGCAGGUGUACUCCUUUUUGAUGACCUGAAAAGGGAUUAUGACCUAAAAAGGGAUUGUACCACUGUUAAUUAGCCAAAUUAUUUGGUCUAACAGUUUUUCUUUAUCAUUCUGAAACUGGGUUUUUCUAAUAUAAUGAUAAAUUAUUUCAAAGGUAUUUUGAUAGUUCAAAUCACUUCACUUUUACCCUGACACAUAUAAAUGACUAGGAAUGACCUUCAGAUAGCGUUUAGCAUCUGUAACCUAUGUGACAAUAACGUGUUCAUCAGGUACCUAUGGAUUAAAUCCCAUACCGGGAUAUUUAAGCUGAAUGUCAGUCUGAAAAAUAAAUGUGCUAUAUUACCUGAAAUACCACUCUUUGUGUAGGUAUUUUGUCAUAAGUUUAAGAAAAAGCUAAAAAGAUGGAAAUCCUAUGACAAUAACUUCACUCUUUCUUCUAAGUGCAUGCAGUCGUUUGCAAUACCUCAUUCAGCCAAGUAUUUGUUCUCUUCCUCAUUCAGUAUAAGGCAGCUUUCAAUUUGCUUAGAAGGCAACAUUAGAAGGUUAGAGUUCAGCAGAAACAGAAUUUUAAAAUGUGAGUUCAACUGAAUAAAUUUGUAUUUCUGUAGAAAGUAAAGAAUCAAAAUGCCUAUUGAAAGAUUGCAAUAUAUAAUUAUUUUUAAAGUGUUUGAUUAAACCUGAUAGGUUUUCCCAAAAUGAAAACACUCAGUUCUAAAUCCAAAGCUGCUUUGUACAAAACAUGAAAAUGUAAAUCACCCCAUCCAUAAUAGCUUCUUUAAAACUUUAUCUUACAGUCACUUUCAAAUAACUAUUCAAAAAUGUAACUGCUGUAUUAAUGUCUUGAAAUAAGUUAAAAUAUUUUAAAAUAUGAGCACCAUAGUUUAAAACAAAGAAUCUAGGGGAAGGAAAGGUAGAGAAAGAAAUGCCAAUUCCAGUCCAAAGCUUUAUUUGCCAAGUUUUCUUAGAAUGACUUUUACCAACUUACGAUUUCUGGUAAACAGAAUGUAUAAUAGAAAUACUGACUUUUGUCUAAAGUGGCAUUGACUGCUUCUGUGAUGCUACUGUAGUGUAAUAAAUUAUGAAAUUCUUGCAAGGUGCUGUUUUGCCUUAAAAUUUUGUGUGUCUUGAAAACUAUAGUAUUAAAUGUACUGAGACUGUGCAAAUGCCGGGAAUGCGUGGCAUGAGAUAAUCAGUUUUUAUUCUCACAAAAUUGUAACUAUGUAAGUGUGUUUAUUAAAAGAACAUAAACUAAAAACGUUACAGGAAUUAAAAGUUGUGGGAUGAAAAA